UUUUUCUAUCUUCUAUUCCUUCCCGAUUUGCCUCACUGUUUCAAAAUACACGUUGAAGGUACCCAAGUGAUUUUUGUUCAAUUUGUGACUGAUUCUUGCGAAAGUGCGAUUAGAGGGUAACAGAUCUCAAAUUCGACAUGAAUGUCAAAAACCAAGUAAAGGACCGAAUCCUCACCUCUGGGAUGGCCAUUCCCCACGAAAUCGAACCUGUUCGAGGAUCCAUAUAUCAAGAGAUCAGCAGGGCCAUGGAAGCAUCCAUUGACGAUGAUGAAGAUUGGGUUGUGCUGAACAAUGUGCUAACCGGUGAAAAACUUACUGGAGUAGAUGCCUUAAACUACGGAAAACGAUUUGGUGCCUUCUUGGAACAAUGUGGGCUCAAGAUGGGUCACGUGGUUCAUUUACUCAUUGGGAACCAUAAUAUGACUUUUCCCAUUUGUUUUGGCGCUUGGAUUUUGGGCGGUUGCGUCAGUGCAGGUGAUGUCAAUUUGGAACCAAGAGCUGUCGCCGAACAGCUCAGCACUCUGUCGACCCGAUUUCUAAUAUGUUGUCCAGAGACCAAACAUUUGGCUGUGGAAGCCUUAAAACUAACGAAACGACCACAAGAUAUCCAAACAUUCUGUUUGGGGGUUAACGACGAGUUUGAAAACCUCUUCGCCACCCUCAAGAACAUCGACCCCGUUCAGUGUCCGGAUCCAGUUGAUGUGGAUACCAAGAGCGAUGUUCCUCUCAUUUUCUGGUCCUCGGGGACCACCGGACACCCCAAAGCCAUUUGUCACACUCAUGUUUCCGCGCUGCGCAUGGGCGGAAUCACUACGAACUUCCUCGUCCCUAAGACAAAUAUCGUGAUCUCAACGUGUUUCUUUCACGUGGGCGGGUUUUUGGCUUCGAUGUUAGCAUUUACACGGCAUCAGUGUGUUUACCACAUGUUUGGACCGGGUUUCCAAUUGGAACACCUUCUGAACAGCAUAAUCAAGGCCAAGCCCAAGUCAAUUGCCAUUGGCACUCACCAUUACGUCCAAUUAGCCGAGUCUGAGUUGUUGGCCAAUGCGAACCCGGACGAUUUGGCCUCUUUGGAGUACAUUGCACCCGCAGGGGCCGCUGUGCCUCAAUCUUGCGAGGCGUCAUUCCGAAAAAAGUGUCCCAAUCUCAAGGGAGUUUUGAAUAUCUAUGGACAAACUGAAGGUGGAAUAAUGACCUUAGGCAUGUCUUGUACGUCUCUUGGCUCGAUUUUGCCUGGAGUGCGUAUGAAGGUGGAAAAUGUCAUCACUGGUGAACGUUGUGCUCCUCAUGAAGAGGGCGAACUAUGCUACAAAUCGGCAGUGGUCAUGAAAGGUUACUACAACCGCCCCAAGGACAAUGCGGCUUUCUUUGAUUUUGAAGGCUUUUGCCAUUCCGGAGACUUGGUUUAUUACACCCCGGACGGAGACAUCUACUAUGUGGAUCGCCUGAAAGAAAUCAUGAAGUACAAGAAUAACCAUGUAGCUCCCACUGAACUGGAGGAUAUCAUGCAAAGACACCCAGCAGUCCAGGAAUGCUUGGUUUUUGGGAAACAUGACGACGAAGUCCAGGAAUUGAUUUCUGCAGUGGUGGUGAUUAAGCCUGGCAGGAGGGCUAGCGAGGCAGAGCUGCGAAACUUUGUGAACAACGAGGUGACGGAUUAUAAAAAGAUUCGAGGCGACAUCAUUUUCCGUGAUCAAAUUCCUCGAAAUUCGGUUGGCAAGUUGGUCCGACGCGAGAUGCGUGAAUGGGCCAAACAUCAAAUUAACUUCGAGGACACUGAUAUCCACCGUCCCGUGUUUCAUUCAAGAAUGGCGGCUCAUUAAAAUGCUGAGUGUGAAUUGCCAUUGCUUUAGACGCUUCCGUAGUCCAGAUAUUGCCUACGGAAUUUAGCCUCUGCUUUCCAUGGGUGAAAUGUAAUAUCAUGCAAUAGAUAAGAUACUGCUUGGGAAACAACUUGACCCUGAAGAGAAUAUUUACUGAAAAACGAAUGGAUGAGAAUCAACAUCAGAUUGGUAUCAAUUGUGACAGAAAUGGAAUUCGUAAAAGACGCACGUCCCAACGGAACUUUAAACCAUAAUCAUGAAACCUCAACUGUCUCCGUAGAAACGAAAAUGCCUUUUCCGAACAUCUGUCUGAAAUUUCGUGUGCACCAGAUAUCGUUAAAUAUUUUGAUGCCCUAUCAUUUGAUCAGUCGACAUAAACCAUAUGCCUCAACUGAA